CGCGCUCCCUGUGCCGGUGCGAUCACUGAGUGACAGGCGCUGCUGCUGGUGGUGCUUCAAUCCCAACAAGCACAGCGAGCCCCCGGCUCUGAGACCUCACUGCACUGCAGCCGUCCUGCUCCCAGUACCUCCAUCAACCCCUGCAACCACUACCACCAGCCUCCCCUACACCCAGUACUUCCAGCCUCCCUCACUCCCAGUACUUCCAGCCUCCCUCACUCCCAGUACCUCCAGCCUCCCCUGCUCCCACUACUUGCAGAAUUCCUGCUCCCAGUACCACCAGCCUCUCCCACUCCCAGUACCUCCAGCCACCCCUGCUCACACUACUUCCAGAAUUCCUGCUCCAAGUACCACCAGCUUUCCUGCUCCCAGCACCACCAGACUCCUCUGCUCCCAGUAUCUCCAGCCUUCCUACUUCCAAUACUCCAGCCUCCCCUGCUCCCAGUACCUCCAAUCCCCCCACUCCCAGUACCUCCAGCCUCUCCUGCUCCCAGUACCACAUCAGCAGCAAGUGAUCCUGAACAUACAGUAAGUGCAAAGCGUCCACUUGGAGUUUACGCCAAAGACAACUAAAAUCCUUCACCAUGAUUUCUGCAGUACAAGAAUGGCUUAAAGUGGCCGUCUUGCUAUUUAUAGCCCAAACAGUUGCUGCAAUGGUUAUUCCAAAUACCACACAUUUAGAAGGCCUUCUGGAGAAGUAUUUGGAUGAAGAUGGUGAGUGGUGGGUUGCAAAACAGAGAGGAAAACGAGCCAUAAUGGAGAGUGAUAUGAAGUUAAUCUUGGAUCUCCAUAAUAAAUUAAGAGGCGAAGCUUAUCCCCCAGCUUCCAACAUGGAGUUUAUGAUAUGGGACGUGGAACUGGAAAGAUCUGCAGAACACUGGGCAGAAACAUGCCUGUGGGAGCAUGGUCCCGCUAACUUGCUUCCAUCCAUUGGACAAAAUUUAGGAGCUCACUGGGGCAGGUAUAGGCCACCAACCUACCAUGUCCAGGCUUGGUAUGAUGAAGUUAAGGACUAUACAUUUCCAUACCCACAAGAAUGUAACCCAUACUGUCCAUUCAGGUGCUCUGGCCCUGUUUGCACACAUUAUACGCAGGUUGUAUGGGCAACAAGUAGCAGAAUUGGCUGUGCCAUAAACCUGUGUCACAAUAUGAAUAUUUGGGGUCAAAUCUGGCCUAAGGCAGUGUACUUGGUUUGCAAUUACUCGCCAAAGGGUAAUUGGUGGGGUCAUGCUCCUUAUAAACAUGGACGCCCUUGCUCUGCCUGCCCACCAAGCUAUGGAGGAAACUGCAAGGAAAAUCUUUGUUACAAAGAAGGUUCCGAUUUACAUUACCCGAUUCCGGAACCCGAGGAGGAAACCAAUGAGAUUGAAAGACAGAGGUCAAAAGCACUAGAUACUACAUCGCAAAGCAGAGCUAGAACUCAUUCUCCUACAUCUUCUACUAGGACAGAUGGCUAUGAUAAUAAUGAAGUUGUCAGUACUGAACAAAUGUCUCAGAUUGUGUCUUGUGAAGUAAGGUUAAGGGAUCAAUGUAAAGGAACAACAUGCAACAGAUACGAAUGUUCAGCUGGGUGCCUCGAAAGCACUGCCAAAGUUAUUGGGACUGUGCAUUAUGAAAUGCAAUCAAGUAUUUGCAAAGCUGCUAUUCAUUCAGGUAUAAUAGACAAUGAAGGAGGAUGGGUUGAUGUGACGAGGCAAGGAAGGAAAAAUUAUUUCAUUAAAUCCUAUAGGAAUGGGGUCCAAUCCAUUGGAAAAUAUCAAUCUGCAAAUUCUUUUACGAUCUCCAAAGUAUUAUUUCAAGCUGUGACAUGUGAAACAACAGUUGAACAGUUAUGUCCCUUUCAAGAACCAACAUCACAUUGCCCAAGGGUCUAUUGUCCACGUAACUGUGCCCAAGCAAGUCCACACUAUGCACGUGUGUUUGGAACAAGGAUUUAUUGUGAUAUUUCCAGUAUCUGCAAGACUGCACUACAUGCAGGUGUAGUCCGCAAUCACCAAGGAGGAUAUGUGGACAUUAUGCCAAUGGAUAAAAAGAGACAUUAUUUUGCAUCAACUCAAAAUGGAAUAGCUUCUGAAAGUUUACACAACCCAAUGGGAAGCAAAGCUUUUAGAAUAUUUGCGGUAAUCUGAAAAAAAAUAACACAAAAUGGAUUAUUGAAAAAAAAUAAUGAAAGCGCAAGAAGUAUAUGUUUAAACAUUUGUAUAAAGAUGUAUUAUUAUUGUACAGAAAAUGCUACUUAUUCUGUGUUAAUCCAAAAUACUAGUUUUUAAUCUCAAAAAGAAGGUUUGGCAAUAUGUAUCAAAAAUGGCAUCCAUUUAACUUCGUUAAAUUAAUUGUUCUCUUCAUGUUUCCUGUACAGCAUGAUCUCACAAUUAUGCCAGAAUAUUAUGCUAUGUGUACAGUGAGAUAACUGCAUGCUGAAAUCCCACUGUUUAUUAUGUUUAGAGGUAAAUUGGGUUAAUCAUCAUAAAAACAGAACACAAUUCACAAAUAUGUUACUGAAAAAAAUAAAUAGGAGAGAGAUUUCAUAUAUAUGUUUAGACCUCUAUUAGGUAUAUAUGUAUCAUCACGAGAUGGCUAAAUAAGCCUAAAUAAAAAAAGUUUGAAAUAUUUCUCUAAAUCAGCGUUUUGGGAUCUUGGAAUUUUGGGAUGUUGGAA